CUUCCUGUUGAUGCAAAAAUUGCAGCAGCAACUGUCUGACACAUCUGGACUGGAGAGGGGGGGAGGCCUGGCUGUAGUGUUAGCGAACUACUGAGGGGAAUGGACAACGUUCAAUGCUAAUCUGGAAGACGGCUGUCGGCAAACUGGAGAAACAUAUCCAAGAAAUGGACGACGGCAGCUACAUCGAGUUUGAUGUGCCGGAGUUCAGUAACACUGUCCUGACCCAGCUCAAUGAGCUGCGGCUGCAAGGGAAGUUGUGUGACAUCAUUGUUCACAUUCAGGGCCAGCCAUUUCGAGCCCACAAGGCUGUGCUGGCAGCUAGUUCACCCUACUUUCGUGACCACUCAGCUCUUAGCACCAUGAGUGGCCUUUCCAUCUCGGUCAUCAAAAGCCCUGAGGUGUUUGAGCAGCUUCUUGCAUUCUGCUACACGGGUCACAUGUCCCUGCAGCUCAAGGAUAUUAUCAGUUUCCUCACUGCUGCCAGCUUUCUGCAGAUGCAGGCCAUCAUUGACAAGUGUACCCAAAUCCUGGAGAGCAUCCACUCCAAGAUCAGUAUCCCAGUUAGCGUCUGCAGCCCAGAGAAGGACGACUCUCAGACCAGCCACAAUGGGGUCAAUGACAGCAACCUCUUUGUAAACCCUACCCAGAUCUCCCCCCCUUACUACUCCCGGCAGAGUCAGGCAGGACACGAAGGGCGCUUUGAGCUGGCAGGAAAAGGACUGGGCCGGGGGCGGCAGCAGCAAGAGGAAGGCCAGUCGGACCGAGGCAGCAGCGAUAGCGUGUCGGAGCAUGACGCUCCCAUGGAGGGAGAAACGGAGCAAGUGGAACUGAUUGGCAAAGAUGGGCAAGUAACAGAUGUGCAUGUGAAGAUAGAGAAGACCGACAGGCCCACUUACUCAGAUAGUUCCUCAGCUGGUGAUGACGGCUACCACACGGAGUUGGUAGACGGAGAGCAGGUCUUGGCUGUUAGUGUGGGUUCUUACGGUCCUGUGAUCCAGCCUGCUACCUAUUCUUACUCAGGGCUGUCCUCCCCGUGCUUUGUCAACCUUAGCAGCUCCAGUCCUUCCCGCUCCAUACUCAGCGGCUUCAGGGGCGGGCGAGCCAGGGCAAAGCGCCCCUUGGCCAUCCCAGCGGGGGUGCUGAGUCAUAUCAAACCGGGCUCAGAUGACGGCGAAGCAGCUGUGGGACCCACAGGAUUGGAGAACGAUGUGCGGGAGCGCAGCCUGCGGAGCCAGUGGUACCCCUACAGCGAGAGACUCAUUUGCAUCUACUGCGGAAAGACCUUCAAUCAGAAAGGGAGCCUGGAUCGCCACAUGCGCCUGCACAUGGGAAUCACCCCAUUUGUUUGUAAAUUCUGUGGCAAGAAGUACACAAGAAAAGACCAGCUGGAGUACCACAUCCGUGGCCACACGGACAACAAGCCCUUCCACUGUCAGAUCUGUGGCAAAUGCUUCCCGUUUCAGGGCACCCUUAACCAGCACCUGAGGAAGAAGCACAUGGGAGCAUCAGAGGGCAGUAAUCACGUGGACUCUCCAGAGAGGACGGAGGGAAGCUCAGGUCAGAAGGACCAGGAGGAGACGUCUGAGGGGAUGGCCUUUGAGGCGCAAUAUGCAGAAGAGGCACCAGCCAAUGAUAUGGAGGAGAGUUCAAAAUGCAGUCCGGAGGAGGCUCAAGCAUCAAGAUGUGAUUUUUAGGUCCUGCUUCAGGUUAAGGAAGCUUUAAGAAAUGUUAAACUCAACUUAAAGGACUUUUUUCUUUUUCGAUUCAGCUCCCUCCACUAUGGACACUUCUUGCAUCAAGGGUUUCUGUCAAUUUUAUGAAAGUUAGAUGUUGAAUGCAGAGAGCAAAUGGGUGCUUUAUAGAAAUUUGAUUCUUUCAAGCAAAGGGAGUAACAACUUACUAUUUUUGAGGCGGUCACAAUAAUCAAGACCCCCGAAUUGAUUUCUCUUUUUAUCUUUCCAUGUUUUUUAAAACAUAUUUACAGAGUUAUAUAGGCAUGUUGCAAUAAUUGAUAAUGUGAAAGCUCUGGUAAGAUGCUAGUCAUAUCACCUUUUUACCUGACCUGUUUUUGCACAUGUGGCCACAGGAGGUCACUUACUCACAAGGAAUGAUUUUUCUGCCAGUGCAAAGCUUCGUGUGACAUAUCCGUUCAAUACCUCAUGAUGCAACUACAUACUCAUAACAGACAGUAUUUUAACUUAAAUGAAACUCACCAGGUUCUACCUCAUAGCCAAGAACCUACCAGGCACACACUUGUUCACCGUUUUGAAAUCCGUUUUAGGUUGUAUGUACAGUAUCUUAUUGCCAAACCCUGUAAAGAAUAUCCUCUCAACACAAAGCCUUGAUACUUAGGGGAAAUAUUCCUUGCUGAUUGUAUGGAUUGGGGACAAAGUCCUUAUCAAAUGUUUCAUGGUCAGCCAGGUUAAAUUGAUGAUUAAGAAGGUGCUAUGUUAGGAGUGCAUUACAUUUGCUAGCUUUCUUCUAUGUUUGUUUUUGGCGAUGGAGAGAAUAGAGUAAGAAAAUGGCCCUGUAUACUUUUACAAUAUGAUUUUGCUGUCUUACAACGUUUGUUCCACGAAACACUUCUCAUCACUACUGGAGAUCUCACUCUGUUGGCCGAGGCGUGGUUUUAGAGCCCGCCACCCAUGUAAUGGGUGAAUUACGUCCAUACAGUGAAGUCAUUUGUAUUCCUCUAUACUCUGAUUGCAGACUUAUACUGAAUUAUCGUAUUUGUAAAUUGUUUUGUCCUGACGUAGGCUUCUAGGUUAGUGCUCCGUGUCUAACAGCGACAGGAGUACUCAUUGUCAACUCAGCACAGUAGGAACAGCCCUGGAUCUGUUCACAUGCAUCCACAUAGAAUACGAGUCUGAAUAAUAUGCAAACAGAAAGAACAAAGGAAUCUCAGCCAUUCUGACAUGGUUUCUUCCAUUAUUUGAAAGAGCUAUUGGUUUGUUUCCUGUUUUUUAUUCUGUCCUACCCUUUACGAGGGGACGGUUGGUCUGUGAUCUCUGGUCUCUGCAUUGGUUGGGGUCAAGUGCAGACUUGGAACACGUUUCCCUCGUUUGUCAAUCCUACUUGACGGCGUUGACACUUGCGGCAUAGCUAGAUUAAGGCUAAGGGGUAAAUGUUGUUAGAGCUAAGUGUUGAUCCAAAGUAUUGAUGCACUUUGCGGAGUUCGUGGGUGGGAUGGGUGCUGUCCUAUUGAUAAAAUGUGCUCAUUUCUGUCUUAAUUCUGCUGCAACGGCAGCAGAGUAGGACUUUUUGUCCUUUAGAUUUUUUUGUCCUCUGAGUAAAAGUGAGACUCUGCAAUCACAUGAAUACUAUUGGCUACAAGCCGUGCAUAUGGCACCAUUGUAUUUUAUCUAUACUGUUUGAACCAUGGGGAUCAGGGAUGGGGGUGGUGUUAGUAUAUAGAGACUUGAUUUAAUUUCCAUUGUGACUUAAAAUAAUCUGCAUUCACAGUAAAUGCAUAUGAGGCACUUAGAAGGCCUGAUUGGUAAUCUCGUCAUAUUUAGCUAAUUUAAAGCUGGGUGGUCCCUUUUCAUGCUAUCCUGCUUUCUUAUUGGCCAUCCAGCUGUUUAAUGCCUUUUUAGAAGAGCACCUGCUACACGCUUUUAUUUGUCCCAUCUGGUCCAGCUGAAUUUGUGUCAAUGAAUUGAGUUAGAUUAUUUCACAGUUUUCAUAUAAUUUUCUACUUUGUGUGCAUUUGGUGCGAGAAUAUUGUGUUUUAUCGCUUAUGUUACGUCAAGAGUGCGGUCUUUUUAUUCCACUGAAUGUGCUGUCUUCGUCUUCACUCAUUGACGGUCAAGAUAGCAAACCAAACUUUAGGGAAUUUUGCAAAAAUCGGUAUAGCUAGCUUUUCGUUAUCUUUUUGUCUAAGGGUUUAUCACAAACACUUCAUCGUCACCCACAGUCAGUCAACCUGUACGAUACUUUUUAGAUGAAUGUUUACCGAUUCAAGGUUAUUUCUGUCAGCCGCGGACGUGACGUGCAGGUUCGGCAGCUGAUCUGACCUCAACAAAAUCAGUUGCGAGCUAAUUUGAAUCUGCCUGUGAUGAUUCUCGCCCCUCACCUAGGAAAAAGGAGGACGUGUAAUCCUUCUUGCAUUAUUGUCAGUAAUGUUUUGUGAGUAAUAGGUACAAACUGCUAGAACAAUUUUGUGCCAAGAGUUCACACCAAAGACUAAGAGGUGAUUUUUAACAGUAAAUUUUGACUGUAUAAUUGAAUGCUCAUUAAGAAGAAAAGGUUCUUAGUUUAAUGUAGGACUAGCUCAUUGCUAUUUGCAAGGAAUGUACGUUUCCCUGUUUAUAACAAUCACUUGUGUAUAAUUUGAACAAUUUGCUGAGAAGACAUUAAGCAGUGAAGUCAUAGAUAACGUCAUAUAUUAAGCCAUACAAAAGCUGACAAUAUAAAAGUUGUGCAAUAGGUAUUGUAAUUGUUUAAAGCCAAUGUAAACAGAAAAGAGAAUUCUUCACAGAAAGUGGCAUCUUAAACUUAGUGCCUUGCCACAAGCUUUACCUUUUCCAUUCUGGCACUCUGAUUCUUGUGCCUCUUUCAUUUUUGAAUGGAUUGAAUAGAGAGAUUAUGAGACAAUAUGGCCACAUCAUUUAUUGUAAAGUGGUGCCAAGAAUGAAUAGAAAUUAAUUCAUGUCAUUCUUGUCCGUGUUCUUGUCCCCCCCGUUUUCGCUUCUUAUAAUUUGAUUCAUUUUUGUCACGUGACGGACAACUGACUUUAAGAUUUGACAGAUUUUGUAGCAAUUGAUCACAAUCAGAUGAGGCAGAGCCGCUGCCCCACGCUCAGAGACUCUACUGUAUCCCUCCUCUCGAACCACUGAGGACAAUCUUAGCAGUGCACCGUAGUUUUAGGUAUUUUAAUGGAGGAAGGAGAUGCAUGAGAAACACAAAUCUACUUCCUCUCCGUUCUCUCGGAGCAUCUGGCGAAGGGAACGGCUGCUCGGGUAUUUAGCAGAUAACAAACUGAAUAUUUGUGGAGGAAAACAAGCUUACCCUCGUAUACUGUAGCUUAAUUGCACGUUGCUGAACCACAAAAUUGUAUAAAAUUGCCAAUGGAUAAUUUUUUAACUUGAUUUUUCUUGUAUUUGUGUCAUCAAUUUGUGCACUUACAGUUCUUGAUUGAUUGAUAGUAAAUACCAGUAAUUCCAUCCGGGAAGUCUAGUUUAUCUCUGAAGUUACCCUUAAGGGACUCAGCUAUGAUGGCCUCAAUCACUUCGGUCGGGACCUUCCCCCUUAAAUGGUGCUUUUAGACUAGUUAGAUAUUUUUUCCUCUCAAAUGAGUAAACAUGUCCACGUAGUCAUCACAGGUGAAUGGAGGGGAAUUGUUUAAAUGCUUUUCAUUAACUAUUGUGUGAUAGUACACACCUACCGAGCCAACUGAACUUGACACACACUCGAAUCGACUCUCCGUCAGCUCUUAGUUCCACACCUCCGAGAGGAACGGGAGACGCGUUGCGGGCCACAAGUAAUCAAAAGGAAGUGUUUACAGGGAAGGCUGUCAGACUACUUUUUGAAAUUGCAGCUCGUCCUAUUCUUUUUAUAAUAAACUCACUUCAGGUAGUUUACAAACACUGAUACAGGCUUAGAAAAAAAUCUUAAGUCUUCCAUAGCUUUUCUGUCAGUUUCUGUCCACUGUGUAUUAUAAAAAAAAGCAAUAACCUUUUUAAAAGUGGUGUAUUGGGAUCAUCAAGCCUAUUGAAAUAUUGGCCUGUCACAAACAAAGUGAAUGUCAGGGAGCUGUUGAAUUGAAGUAGGACCAGGACAAUUUGAUAUUGAUUUAUUUUUUAUAUAUUUUCUGAAACUUUGGACAGCUUGACUUCCUCUUCAGAAAAAGAAAAAAAAAGUCGAUAUAAAUGAAAAAGUGGUGUUGCUUGCUGGUGUUCUAAAUGCUCAUCAAAAUCCAGUGGUAGUCAGAAAACUGCAACGCAAGAACUGAGCGUGUGGUCAUCGAACUCAGUGGCACUGUUCAGAGUUGCACCUCCAGCUGUGUCAAAUAAUGAAAGGGAUUUUUGGGCUGUAUAGCCACUGUUUUGGAGCGGGCGGUCUGUUGUCAUGUCGAGGUUCACUGGUCUCCUUUGGCUCCUCGGGCGCUGAGACUGUAGUUGUAGUUGUUCAGGAUCAGAGGGGAAGUUUAUAGUGUAGCUAUUGUUCCUUUUCCUUUACAACUCCCUAAACUCUGCACUAUAAUGUCUCUGGCUCAUAUGUAUUUGGUGACAAGGCAAAAAAAAAAACUUAGAACUCAGGGUAUAUAGUGUUAAAAGUGGUCUCAUUGGACA